UUGCAGCGCAUGAAGGAUGAGUUCUGGGACACCGAGCCGCACUAUGGCGGCGACCGAGUGAUCUGGGAUGCGCUGAGGGCGGCGUGCGAGGCCGACCUGGAGACGGCCCGCAUCAUCCUGGACUCUGCGGGCGUGAUUGUGGCGGCCGCCGACAUGACCAUCUGCUACGACGAGCGGGGAAGAAAGUACGAGCUGCCGCGCUACGUCAUCUCCCCCCCGUCCAACCUGCAGCGC